CGACGAGAGACAGAGACAGAGAGAGAUCUCUCCUUCAUCAUCAUCUCCUCUGUUUUCUCUUUUCUCCCAUUCUCACCGUCCGAUGUUGAACUCUGAUCAGAUCUAAGAUAAGGAAUUAUGUUUACGGAUCGAGAGAGAAGGCUUUCUGCUCGCAAUGGGAGGACUCCUGAAUCCACCAACGGCUACUACGAUGGAUUCUCAAAUCGAUCCCGCGAGAAGAGUCCUUCUUCUAGAUCCAACAACAUCCUUCGGAUCCCGUCUCCGACGUCGUCUCCUCCACCUUCCGGCUCCUCCCCUGAGCGUGGCUAUAUCGAGCACCGCGUAUCAAAGUUCGAUACUCUCGCUGGCAUUGCCAUCAAAUACGGCGUCGAGGUUGUGGAUGUUAAGAAGAUGAAUGGACUUGUUACUGAUCUUCAAAUGUUUGCUCUUAAGUCUCUUCGGAUUCCUUUGCCUGGAAGACAUCCUCCUUCUCCUUGUUUAUCUAAUGGCUCCUUAAACCAUGGAGAGGGAUGUUCAUGCCACGAACUGGAAUCGCGAAAUGAAAGCAACGGCGACGUGUUUGACUCAUUCCACUCUCUGAGAUUGAAAUCUUCUGAAAAGAAAGUAUCCCCAGCCAUGUACUCACUACAAGGUUACUACGGGCUAAAACCAGCAAACAGAACAGUCUCUGUAGGAGGAUCCUUGGAGAUGGGAAAUUACAAGACAGAAAACAACGGUGAUAGCAGUCAAUACCUCAGACCUUUCCCAUCCACAAACACUCCCUUGAACCACCACAGGAAAUCAAGAAGCUUAGUCAAUGCACUUCUCGAAGAGAUCAACCAGUCACCUGAUGAUAACACUACCCAUCAAGAUUCAAGUUCAGAUAAGUUUAGAAGAAGACGUCAAAAAUCUGAAGCCGAUUUUACAUCCCGCACUCCAGAACUUCUGUUAAAAGAAGAGAACAGUAGCAGCAAUGGAGGGUUUUUAUCAAUAGCCGGGAAAGGCUUAGCUUUGAGAUCGAAAGCCUCAAGCAGAACCAAUCUAUCAUCAGCAGAAUCUGAGACUACUAGUAAUUUCAAUCCUGUACCAAUCAACUUGAUGGAUGCUCCAGUUUCAGACAGCUUUAGCAGUGUAAGAAAAUCAUCUAGUGCAUCUAGUCUACAAGAUCCAGACGGUAGUAACGGUUCAUCAUCGAUAUCUCUAUGGCCGACUUCUAAAUGGAGUUUGAAACCUGAUUUGCUCACACCUGCGGCUAUUACAAGCUCAAUUUUUGAUGGAUUACCAAAGCCUUUAACAGGGAGGAGAAACAAAACUGCUUUGGACUGAAAAAAUAAAAAAAGGUCAGUUUCUCGCUUAUUUAGUUGUCCCAUUCUUUUUUUUGAACCUAUUAUAAAUCAAAAGCAGAAGAAGCUCUUUUAGGCUUAUUGCGAGUAAAUAGAAGUAAAGAGAUUAGAGAAGAUCUGAAGAAGGGAGAAAGCUUGUGAUAGUGAAUGUAAUGAUAAGUUAUAGAAAUACUUUGUACCAUGGGGUUUCAUUGGCGAAAAUCCGUAGCGUAGUCAUUUUUUUCUUCUCUAAAGAUAAAAGAACGUUUCCCACACAAUACUGGAUUGUAUUUCAUGCAUCUAUUUAAUAAUAUUUUUGAUAAAUAAAAUAGGCUCAUUUGUG